AUGAAUUCUAGGAUCGAUGGCCAGUGGGGCAGAGUGGUGAAGUUGGAUCGGUUUCCGUACGCAAGCGGAAAGAAGUUCAGUCUUUCUGCGAAGACCGCUGCCAGAUAUUUUACUGUCAGAGGAAACGGUGAAGACCUCUACCUGUACGAUCACCGAAUACAGAUUGAAGCGAUCAAGCGCAUUUGCGUUACGUCAAAUCAUCACAAUUUCGUCAUCACCACCAUUUCAGCCAACGAUCAACUGCUUGACGACAUACCUGUAUCUCUGAAAAGCAGAAAUAGCAACAAGUAUCUCAAAAUUGCAGAAGAAACGAAUGCCAAGUUUGCUGUCGGUACCACUGCCUCAAACAAUGACGACGCUUAUUUGUUACCGAAACGACAACUGCCCACGUCACAAUCACAAAACGUCAUUACGCUGCGAAGCUUCAAAUUCGACCAAGUAUACUUGAAUAUUGAAGGAGAUCAAUUGAACGCCGGCAUAUUGUCUAAUUUUUGCGACUUUGACAUGACUAUAAACGACAAAAAUUUCUAUUUAUUUGAGUCUGUAAAGACGCAAGGCCAACGCAUCGGGGUUGACAGAGACGGAAAGAUAGCAAAGCCGAGUAACGUCGGCACUGGAAGAAAGUCUCAUUUCUACUACAACAUCAAUAAGCUAAGCCGGAAAUGCUAACGAUUGCACAGACGAGUAGAAAAUUAUGGAAACUGUUGAACGUGUACACACAUAUAAUUUAUAUACAUGUAUAUAAUUUAUUCGUGUCUAGCUAUGAUAUUUUCUAGGUAACUUCUUAGAUUUGUAAAUUCCCGUCAAUUUAGUGUAGCAAUAAUGUUGUUAUAUGAGGUUAUACUGCAUGUAUUGAGACAUGUGUGGUAUACAUAUUUAUAUUUUUAAUUAAUUGACGUGAAUAUUAUAAAUACACAAA